AAUGAGUGACUUAUCCUGUGAGAACGAUCUGGAAGAACUGAUGCAGCAGAUUGACAAUAUGGUGAACAGUAAGAAGGUGGAAUGGGAGAAACAAGUGCAUGUCCUGGAGCAGAGGCUGGAGGUGAAGGAUCAGGAGCUGACAAGAGCCAGAGGGGUGCUGGAUCAGAAAGACUGCGAGAUCGGAAUUCUUUCCAGGAAGCUAGAAUUAGCCGAUCGGUCUCAAGAAGAAACUGUUCAGAACUAUGAAAAGCAGCUUGAAGGCCUGAAAUCUCAGCUGUGCAAGCUGAAGAAAAGUUAUGAAAAGCUCCAUUUUUAUUAUGUGAAGAGUCCGAAGGAUGAGCCAAUUGAAUUCACUCCGAGCCAGGAGAACAGCCAGCCUAAGCUGAUGUGCUUGUCCCAGAAGCUGGAGGAAUACAAAGUACAGGCUAAACAAUGGCAGAAACAGAGAUUGCUUUAUCAGAAUAAUUUAAAUGCAUUAACCGAGAAGACCAAUGCCCUGCAAGAAAAAUGUGACUUUUUCCAGAAGCAGUCGCAGAGCUAUCGGGAACAGCUUUCGAGCAGGACACAGCUGCAGGAUGAGCUCAUUACCAAUAACCAAAUUGAAAUCCGAAGAUUGAGGUGCCAGCUUGAUGCCUCGCAGGAGACGAUCCGAAGUGACGGGGUCAUCAUUGAAAACCUCAAGUCUGCUGUAAAAGAAAUCACAUUAAGCAGGAACUUGCUGAAAGAGGAAAAUCAGCAGCUUUUGCAGGAACUGAGGAACUAUCAGUUGCACUGCCAGAAAAUGCAACGUGAACUCUCUGAAGCUAAAAUUGAACUUCAGGCACAUGAGGCCCUCGUGAGAGCAGCAGAGCUAGAUCAAAGACCGAUAAACCUGGAUGUGGCUCGCUAUCAGAACUCCCAGGGAAGUCCGUUCAGCUACAAGGAGUCUAAGAACAAAGAGCAGAUUCAGAAGAUGUCUCAUUGCAGACAAGAUGAG